CAGAAGAGAUGGGACAGUGGAGAUGGGACUUCACAAUAUGGUGAAAACACAAGUUUUUAAAUAACUGGCUGUAAUAGAACAAUCACUGAAGAGGAAAUUCUGGAAUAUGAGAAAUCAUUCCAUCACUCUUAUAACACAAAGAGGACAUAAGAAAGAAAGUCAUACAUAUCUGGGAUGCCAGGAGGAGAUCUGCCAAACUCCUGCCAUAUUGUGCACAUGCACUGCAUGAUUAUGCCACAUAUGUUAUACCUACACUCCUAAACCCAUAAGCUGAUCCAGCAUGUCUAAUUCGUCUAACUCAACGUAUCCAUGCAUCGCAGGAAAUACUCUUUGUAGAGUGCUUUUUCAUGAAUUAGAAUUGAUCGUCGUUCCAGUUCUGUUUCUGGUGGCUUUUCUUGUCACAUUCAUAAUUCUGCUUGUGCUGAAAUGCUCUCAUAAGCCGUCACAUCAUUAUCGACACCCAACAAAUGAAAAAGAUGACACACAGCCCCAUCAGAACACAAACAGGCACCGUAACAGCAACAGACGACACCUGCAAGGCAUUGAUGCUCCACCAGAGCUCAAUCCAAUGGAGCAUGAGGUUAUUCCCAUGACAGCCCAUACUCAACAUUCCAGCCCUGCAGUACCUCAGACCCCCACUGAGAGGCAUCCAGGCAACUUCCAGCUAGUCACUCCACUACCACUCAACUUCUCUGUGAAGCAAAAUGAUACUUUCACGCUGCACAGAGCUGUCAUGGACAGACAACCAGUCAUUUUACGAAUCCUUAAACAAUCAGCCAAAGCCAGAGAGCGCCAGUCUUUUCUGGGGUUUGCCCACUUCUUUGCAGAGUUAGGACCACACCCAUCGCUGCCCAAACUGCUUGGGGUGGUGACCGUACAGAUGCCCUUGAUGAUUGUGGUAGAGGAGCUGGAGAACAGAGACCUGCUGAGCUUCCUGUGGAGGUGCAGACAGGACCACACGGCUCAGGCAGCACCAUGUGAUAUGACUGAAAGACGAAUCUUUACCAUGGGCGCUCAGAUUGCAUCUGCUCUGGAGUAUCUGCAUAGUAAGAACAACAUCCAUGGAAAUGUCAAAGCUCGAAGCGUCCUGGUUGGUCGGGACCUGACGGUCAAGCUGUGGGGGUUGGGUCCAGCGUUUAGAAGGAAAAUGGAUACGGGCUUUGCAAAGGAUGUGGACGAUAUAGAAAUGAGAAAGUGGCAAGCUCCAGAGGUGUUGGCACAGCAACCUCUCCAGCAGAGCAGCGACAUAUGGUCAUUUGGCAUUUUGCUUUAUGAAAUGGUGACAUUAGGUGCAGCCCCAUUCCCCAACAUCAUGGUCCAUGAACUUUUGCAGUAUUUACAGAGAGGGAACGCACUAAAGAAACCACCCAACUGCUCUAAUACACUAUAUUCCAUCAUCAAGGCAUGCUGUCAGUGGAGACCAAAAGAUCGAGCUUCAUUGGCUGAGCUAAAUCGAAAGCUCCAAUCAGGUGGGAGAAGCAUGAAUGAUCAGACAGUGCUGCAAGUGUCUGAGCCACUGGACAUAGAGAAAUACAUGCAGGAAGCGGGCUAUGGAGAAUCAUUGAACUAUGCUGUAUGCUGAUGUUCCCUUUGUGGGUCUGUCAAAAGUGCAGCACUCAAGCUAUAAAUGAAAGGUUUGAGGUUAGCCCAUUCAAAAGCUCAGGGCGACAAAUCUGGUGCAUUAGAGGUCUGUAGAUUGUGCUGGCUUUAAAGGUCUAUGGGUAAGGUAACAGUUCACUAUAUGUUAAGCACUCUGUCAGGUUAAAAAAAAAGAUGCCCAUCAUAUCAGCAAAUAAUGGAAAAUCACACUUCUAAUAUUAUAGAUUAUAUGAUGAUACACAUGAAAUAUUCUUAGCUUCACUUUGGAUAAAGGUACAUAAUAGAGAAAGAGGAGAUCUUUUAAACAUAUUGCAAACCAGAUUCUUAUGUUUUUACAUUUUGAUAAAACAAACAAGUGCCCAAAUGAAUGCACAAAAUGGAAUUUACUUACCUUGAU